AUUGCUAUUAUUUUCUGGAUUCGUAUUGAUGACUUUGUUUGUUGCCUGGAUACCAAUUGAAACGGCAUGGAUUGUAGCGAUUUAAAUACUUUCGGCGACGACGACAUUAUUGAACCAUGCCGAACGUGCGGUAUUUAUUUUAUUUCCAACCAUGCAGUUAUACAGCCAAUAUUUACAAUGCCUGGUACCGGUGACAAAUCUAAUGGCUUCAUGAAAGAAAUAGUGGAGCAAUUGAAUGCCUGGAAUCUUGAGGUAGACAGGAACGACGGUCGGCCCCAGUACAUAUGCAUUGCGUGCAUUAAUGAAUUUCAGAAGGUGCUAAACUUUAAGCGCAGCUGCCUGGAUACACAGCAGCAAUUUGACGAAUUGGAUUGCAAGCGUGCGCACAAUGGGCUUGUGAUAAAAAAGGAAAUUGAUCCGCCCAGUGAAGAGACUAAAUACUGUGAGUUCAUUUAUAUAGACUCAGACGAAGAGGGUGGUAGCGAAGAGGAUGGCAGCAGACGUGUCUGUGCUCCUUUUGACAUACCCCACGUGCCCAUUAAGGAAGAGCAUACGGCUCGUGUCCCACAAGAGACGCAAUUUAAGCCAGCAGUGCCGUUAGUUAGUAAUUUGUCCGACGAGGCGACUUUUACAAAAGUCGAGCCCAAUGUGCUGGCCACUGCAAAUGGCUUCAACUCAGAAUUGUUCGAGAGCGCGACCCCACCAAAUGAGCAGCAAGAUAGCGAUGACGAUAUCAUUAAGUUUACCUAUGAAGAUGAUGAAGACGGCGCAGCGUUGGUGACGCUGCCAGCGCCAAUUGAGGAUCAGGGUGUCUAUUGCAAGCUAUGUGGACAUGCUUCAGCUACACAGGAACGACACAAUGAGCACAUGAGUCGCAUUCACAUGCUUAAGGAUUGCGAGUGCUACAUAUGCGGCAAGAAAUUCGCCAAUGCCCACGAAUCGCGGCUCAGGUUCCACAUGAAAUGGCACAAAUUACAGAAGCAUCUAAAGUGCCCGAUCUGCGGCUUCUUUUGCAAUUCCAAAGACACACUGAAAGAACACAAACUAGCAGUGCAUACCCGUUCCAAAUGUGAAUUCUGCGGCAAGACCAUGAAGCACAGACAGUUGCAGGCGCAUCUCAAUCGGCAUAUACAAGAUCACGAAGAAGAACUGGCGCGCAAAAUGAGUUUAAUGCAGGCAAUAGAAACGCCAGCCCCACCACAAUCGGAGGAUCUGAUACAAUGCGCCUUUUGCGUGAGCACAUUCAACGAUGCUGAAGAACUUCAGAAGCAUGUGCUGUCCACACAUCGAAUGGCCGCUGAGGAACUGCCCGCAUCGGCAGUUGAGUCAGAGCAUCUGCCAGCAAUUGAUACAUCUUCCACAUUAACCGGCGAAACAGAGUUACCAGAGUUGCCAACUGUUUGUAAGACUCCGAUACCAGAUGCAACCAAUAGUAGCCAAAGUUCAAGCAAUUCUAAUAGUGGACGUCAGGAGAAGUCGAUGUGCCAGUGCAGCAUUUGCGGAAAGCAGUUCGAUUUGAAAAUUAAACUUAAUCGACAUCUAAAGAUUCAUACUAAGUCACCAUUCUGA